GCGAUUGGAUGAACUCACGAACAGCUGUAUCCAAUUACCAAAAAUCUUCUCCCUUUCGCUCCGCCUUAUGUCUUGUUUAGUCUGUAUCUUCCAUUAAUGUCACUAUAACCUUCCUCCUCAUUCCUACCUUCCUGUUCUCGCUGUCUCUUUGGCCCCUCCCUGUCUCCUCGUCUUCCUCCUUUUUUUGGUUCUCAGCUGUGGCGGUUCUGGCGAUUCACCCAUUGGAAGAGUGGACAGUUUAGGGAGUUUUUUGAGGGUGAGGAAAGUGCCACUUUUUUUAAGCACUGUACCACACCGGUGCUUGAUCGUUUUUAAAAGGUGCGCCUUCUUUGUUCGUGUUUCUGCUUCAGUGGAGUGUGUUCUUGCUUGUCUCUUCUUUUGGAAGCACGAGGGCUUUAAGGUUGCGACUUGGAAGUGCUCAGUUCGGCUGGUGAUAGGAGACGACAUUUUCCCCCCUUUUCAAAUGCAGCCUUGACUCUCCAAAUGCUUGCUUUUCAGCUUCGAUUUCGGAGCUGUUGUUUCAGCUUUGAAGCUCAUCAUAAAGCUUUCUGACGAUCAUAUUCUUGACUUGGUGAGAGCUUCGAGUUCCUGAACGGUGUUGGAGGAAGCGAAAUGCAAAGUGGUCCACUCCUAAAGAAAGAAAGCUCGUGACCACCGGAUAAAGUGUGAGCGAUGAACUUCAUCAGGCAAUAAUUUUGACACCAUGGAUCCACAAAUUUUCUACAGAUUGUCGAUUGGGUCCCUGGGACUACGAUUACCAGCGGAGACGUUGAAGGAUAGGCCAGGUGCAGUUCAUGCAUAUUCUAACUGUCUGUGUGAUAUUCGCCUUGGGGAUCAUCCCAUUCAAAGAACAAGAGUACCCUUUGUCUCAUCCCCUCAAGACAGUCCUGAUGCUAACAGCAAUCUUAUUGUAUUCUAUCUCGAGGAAUCUGAUGUCAAAACACUGACCCCAAAAGCGUGCCUUCAGGUUGUUGUGUACAUGGGUAAGCAGGGCUCACACUGUGGUCUCACAAGUAGAAGGCAGAUAAUUGGGCGUCUCAGACUAGAAAUAGGACUUGAACGGGGUUUGGAGAAACCAGCCCUGCUUCAUAAUGGUUGGGUCGGUGUGGGGAAGAACAAAGGUGAGAGAUUGAGACAUGGACCAGAGCUUCACUUGAAGGUGAGGAUGGAUCCUGAUCCCAGAUAUGUUUUAAAAUUCGAAGACGAGACUACCUUGAGCCCGCAAAUUGUUCAGCAACAGGGUACUGUCAAGCAGCCUAUAUUUAGCUGCAAGUUUGUUAAAGAUCGAAGAUCUACGCCACUGGACAUGGCAAACACAAGCGAUGAGGACCAUGGCGGCGCCGAAAAGAGGGAGAGAAAAGGCUGGAAGGUAAUGAUCCAUGACCUCUCCGGCUCAGCUGUAGCUGCUGCUUUCAUGGCGACUCCAUUUGUUCCGUCAUCAGGCUGUGACCGAGUCGAUCGUUCCAACCCGGGUGCUUGGCUCAUACUCCACCCCAGUCCAGCCAGCUCCGCUGAGAGUUGGCACCUGUGGGGGCGCCUCGAGGCAUGGAGAGAGGCUGGUCCAAGAGACACAAUUUGCCUUCGGCUCCACAUUCUUUCAGAAGGCCAGGAGACUGGCAUCCUCGUUUCGGAUGUAGCGAUAAGCAGUGAUAAGGGAGGAGAGUUCUUCAUCGACAUGGACCGGCGUGUGCCAGUCAAUAGUUCUCCUGCGGGAAGGCUGGAGGGCAGCACACAGGGGCUUUGUUCAGCAUCUUUAGAAGCUAUCACCGGUGGUUUCGUGAUGAACUGCAAGGUGCAGGGGGAAGAUAAGUGUAGCAAGCCAUUGGUUCACCUGGCAGCGCGACACAUUGCCUGUGUGCAGGAUGCAGCUAUCUUCAUCGCACUCGCAGCUGCUGUCGAUCUUAGCAUCAGGGCGUGCAGGCCAUUCGGGAGGAAGGCGAACAAGGGCCUUUGCCAUGCCUUGUAUUCCUAGUAAUACAAAGGGCAGCUUCUCUGAGGUUCUGAUGGGGAUGGCGAUCGAGUCGUUGUGUGUUUUCCCCUUAUCGUUACAUUGCUUUGAUUUGCAUGUCUGUGUCUUAAUGCUAUGAUGUUUUGCAAUGAAUAUCAGGCGUUGUAAA